AUGGCAUCACAACAAUUGAAUAUUUGGGUGACUACGCCCGAUGAGAAGAUUAUGGAAUUCACCCUCGAUGCAAACGAACCCGUGGAGCACCUCAAGGCCUUGCUCGAAGUCGAGACGGGCAUCGUGGUGAAAGAGCAACAGCUUGUCUUCGACGCUCGCGAGCUGCCUGACCAGAAGAAGCUUUCAGAGUGUGGUGUGACCACGGGGUCGAUGCUAUUUGUAGCCAAGAGGGAGCCGGCCAGAGGCGGUGGCGGCGGCGGCAGCGCGGGCGGCGGCGGUGGACAACAGCCCAUGGAUGCCGCGCAGGUGCAGCAGUACUUCCGCACCAACCCGGACGCGCUCACGCAGCUGCUGCACAACAAUCCCACGAUGGCCGAGGCGGUGCUGAGCGACGACCUCACGGCCCUCAGCAACCUGCUCGCCGAGCAGGCCCAGCGACGUCGUCAGGCCGAACUCGAACAGGCCCGACGAAUCCAACAACUGAACGACGACCCGUUCAACCUUGAGGCCCAGCGAGCGAUAGAAGAGGAGAUCAUGAAGGACAACAUCCGGGAGAACAUGGAAGCUGCGCUCGAAUACAACCCGGAGGCCUUUGGCCGGGUUGUAAUGCUCUACAUAGACUGCGAAGUCAACAAGACCCCGCUCAAGGCCUUUGUCGACAGCGGAGCGCAGAUGACCAUCAUUUCGCUCGAGGCGGCGCAGAAGUGCGGGUUGAGCCGACUGAUCGAUAACCGAUGGUCGGGCAUUGCAAAGGGAGUGGGCACGGCAAAAAUCGUGGGGCGGAUACACGUGGCUCCGCUCAAGAUCGGAAAUUCGUUCUUCAGCUCAUCGUUCACAGUGCUGGAAAACAACGGCGGAGUCGACCUUCUCCUGGGCCUCGACAUGCUUCGCAAGCACCAGUGUGUGAUCGAUCUCAGAGAGACUGCGCUACGGAUUGGCGAAGAGGUGGUUCCGUUCCUGAGCGAGAAGGAUAUCCCCAGGUCCGAGCUGUUUGAUUCCGAACAUGCCGAGCCGCGAAGCCCGGCGCCGCCGAGCCCGUUGCCUUCGCUCGUGCCACUGCCGGCCGCCGGUGCUGCGCCGAGGCCUGCAGCGGCGCAGGUGCCCACGCUGAUCCCCGGAGGGCAGCCCGUGCCGUCGCCGGUGGCGGCUGGCCCGACCCCGGCGGGAGCUGCAUUCCCCGAGGCCAGCGUCCAGAACCUCGUGACAUCGCUGGGCGUGACGCGGGAGGAGGCGGUCACCGCGCUUCGAGCCUACGGCGGCAACGUCGACAUGGCCGCCUCCGCCCUCCUCCAGAGCAGGUUCGGCUUCUGA